CCAACAUUCCGAACAACAGACAUCACAUAAUCCACAAUUGGAUUCACCCAUUAGAGGACCAACAUUAUCAACUAGCACAAGUAGUUUCGAAGCUCUGGACCCUCAUGAUCCGAAUUUGAGUAAACUGGCAACCAAAAUGUUCCGUAAAACGGAGGAAUAUAUAACUAAUGAACUGCAGGCCCCCAUUGAAGACUACCAACUGUUGGAGAAUAUGAAUCGUGCCACAAUCGGGAAAUAUUCAGAUAUGCGACAAAUUGCACAAAACUUGGCCGUUUCCACAACAGAUUUGAGUGUAAAAUUCCAGGCAUUGGUCCCAUUAAUGCAGCAAAUUGACGAAAUUUCCGAUACUGUAGACAAAUUGGAAGCCGCUGCCUACAAACUGGAUGCUUAUUCAAUAGCUUUAGAAAAUCGCGUUAAAUCGGUUUUACAAAGAAAAACACACAUGUAAAUUAUAAA